AUGGUCCGGACUAAGAAGCACUUAGCUCUAGAGUCAACAGGGGUUAGCUCCCCUCGUCGGUGCACGGGACUGAUGGAUGAUUUUAUUGCCACGCCGUCGGAUUUCAGAGGACUGCAGCACGCGUCCAAGAUGGCGCCCGCAUCUCCAAGCUCGGAGAGCGCAGGGGAAUCCCUGGCAGAGGAUACUCAGGCAAGUGACUUAGCACGGAUCCGGGCAGAACGUACCCAAAUAUCCGCUAAAAUGCUAUCCAAGGCGGACACAGGCUCCCUGGUCCAGGAACUCCGUGCGGUGCUACGCGAAAAACUUGCUGGCCUCCGUGCAGAUCUGACUGCACUAGAACAACGAGUGGAUGAAAUGGAGACGUCGGCUCAUGGCUGUGAGGAGCAGCACAGAGCGGCAGAGGUGGCUGUCACCAGACAGGGCAACAUGCUCCUCACCUUACGCAGACAAGUGGAAGACUUGGAGAACAGGAGCAGGCGCAACAAUAUACGAAUCCGCGGCCUACCAGAGACAGGUACAGAGCCGCUCCAAACCACGCUAACUGACCUAUUCCGGCAGCUCCUUGGGGCACAAGCCCCUGAAAUAAUACAGCUUGAACGAGCGCACAGAGCCCUGGGACCGGUAAGGCAGGAUGGCAGCCCCAGGGACGUGAUAUGCUGCAUAUCCACAUGUGGACUGCGAGAUAAGAUAAUGGCUGCCGCUAGGGAACUCCCCACCAUCAGAUACCGUGAUGCGGAGGUCUCACUCUACCAAGACCUAUCCCGCUUAACGCUGGACGCCAGGAGAGCCCUGCGCCCAGUGACGGGUGCCCUCCGGGACAAGAGGAUCCCCUACCGCUGGGGCUUCCCCUUUAGCCUCCAGGCGAAACAAGGCAACGCCUGGCUGAUGGCCCGCUGGCCAGAAGACAUCCCGAGACUCCAAAGGACACUCGGCCUGCCUCAGACCAGAAUCAGAAACUGGAUCCUAGACGAAGCUAUCACCUCCAGGAGAGACCCACUGGCACCAAUGCGAGUACCGGACGCUGCACCUAGCCGAAAUGACCCACCGCGCCGGAGAGGAGGUCCGGAAGGCCCGGAGGAGUAG